CAUGUGCGCACUGUGCGCCCGCAGACAACUCGGAUGCACAGACAGUUGCCGUUUCUUUCUUCCCCCUCUUACAUUUCUCUCCUUCACCGCCUCCCUCCCUCUCUUCUCAACGUCUACUUCUAGGCCGCACUUUUCCCAAGGCGAAUAUAAAGGCAGGUCGUGUUGGCCGCACAUGACCGCCGGAGACUCUCUUCGCCUGCCUCAGCUGCGAAAGCUCACACGGAGGACAAACUUGAGAGAACACUGAGAAGGAGGAAGGCGGACCUCUGAGGAACAACGUGGAAUUAAGGUGCGGGACCAUGGCGGGCUCGGUGGCGCUGCUGCUGUCCCUGUUGCUGCUGUCCACGGGCAGCGAUGCCGGAAGAAUCAGGAAGAGGGCACUCAACCGCAAGGACUACGAGUAUCCCAACCACCCGCAGUCCACACAGCACCAGAAGAAUGACCGCUGCCCACCACCACCUCAGAUGCUCCCCGAGAGGGCCUGCGAGGUGCCGGGCUGCCGCUCAGACUCGGAGUGUGAGCGGCACAAGCGUUGCUGCUACAACGGCUGCAUCUAUGCCUGCCUGGAGUCUGUUCAGCCUCCGCCAGGUCUGUGGAACUCACAAGUUCAGCGCAUUGACUUGUUCAUAAAUGUUUCUCUCUCUCUUUCCGUGUCUGUGUUAUCACGAGUAGUCCUCGACUGGCUAGUGCAGCCCAAACCUCGGUGGUUGGGCGGUAACGGCUGGCUACUGGACGGUCCUGAGGAGAUGCUGCAGGCUGAGGCGUGCAGUACAACAGAGGACGGCGAUGAGCCUCUCCACUGUCCUACAGGCUACGAGUGCCACAUCAUCAACCCAGGAAACCCUGCCACUGGCAUCCCCAACCGGGGACAAUGCAUCAAGCAGCGUGCCAACUCUGAUGGACGGGGGUUGAGGCACAAAUUUUUCAAGGACUACUUAGGUUCCAGUACCAACAACGCCGUGGGCUACGAGAAGCAUCACAAGCACCUGGGAUGAGCAACAUAUACCCUUUUUUUUUUUUUCUUGCUUUCAGACCACACUUUCCAUUUUAUUUUCUAACCUUUCCGAUGAAUCUGACAUAGGCCCCGCCGCUUACGAUCGUGUUCAAGCUAUUUCUGAUCACGCUUCAGUCAGAAAAGAUCAUAAGCUGCUACCUCCUCUGCUCUCCACUCCUCACAAAGUUCGAACCUCAGAAACGUUACUGUCUCACAGCCAAAGAAAGAUGGUGAUUUUACACAUUCGACAUCAUCUUGGAGUAAGAGAGAAAGAGAGAAGUAGCGAGUGCAUCAAUGCUGCUUGCCAAAUAUCUCAAAAGGACAGAAGAAUAGGAAUGUAUUUUUUCCAUCCUCCAUGUAUUUCGUCUUUACGUCUUUCAACAUCACAAUAAUCUGUGUCAAACAAUCCAUUGCGUGUGUGGGUUAUUUCUACAACAAAUGCUCUUGUUGGGAUGGGCAUAAUAAUUGAUGGAGUCAAAUUGUUUGUCGAUUCGUCAUGUCUGAAAGUGAAUGAGGCAAAACGGAGUGCGGUACCUGGCUGCAACCAGCAGAGGCACUGUUGAUUUUGUCGCCUAAGUGCCUGGGCAACAUGUUGUUGCCCACCUUUUAUACAGUUUAUUAUUGCAAUCACUCGCUGUUGGUAGGUUAGCCCUACCAAUAUUUAUAAACAACCACUUCAAGGAAACUUCUGUGUGUUUAAUGUUGCAUAAAGUUAACCCAAAAGGCGAUGACAUAUUUCAUACAUUAUUUCUAUGCGGUUUUGGUGUGCUGUACUUGGUUUCAAUAAACUUCAUUGAAACAUCGUCGCAGUCAAUACAGCGGUAUAUGUCCAGCGCGAGUGAAUUAUUAACACGCUAAAACAAUCUAAAACAAUUCAAUGUGAGCCACAUUUCAAAGUUUGAGCUCCUGCGUACCAUAAAGAAACAUCUAGAGAAAUCGUUUAUUUUGCUUUUCAAAAGAAUACGUCGUCUUUCUGGGUUUGUCGGGGAACGGACGCAUCGUUACGCCUCAUCCGGGACGAGCGGAACAGCCUCGAUAGAGCCGCACACAACGAACCAUUUGGACAAAAAUCCAUUUGGAAUAUGGCAAAACCUUGGCAGAGCCACUGCGGGGGGGAAAUGGAAAUGCGGGGUGACAACAUGGGGCCCAUAAACCAUCUGACGGCAAUUUAACCAGUGACAGAGCAGUGCAGUGAAUCACAGUGAACACACUUUCUUCAAAUACGGUUUUGGUCUCAACAACUUUGUGGUCCAAAGACGACAGCGUGACAUAAGGUGCGGGACGUUGAGCAAUAGCCACAUCGACCAUAGUUGAAGAAUGAGACUUUUGGUGACUGCAAAUGUCUUCCAUAAUAGAUGAAGGAAAUUGUUUAUGGUACCUUUUCUCCACCUUCCAGUCCCAGAGUCCCAGCAUGUUUGCUGAUCACAGGGAAACUACACAGUGACUGUUGUAUCUUUAAUACCCAAACACACCAGAUGGAUUGUUUCUAUUUGUGAUGUUAUAAACUGCAAUAUAUAUUUUGUUUGUAAGAGUCCAUCAGCCUUGCAAGGUUAAAGUUUUAAGGCUGGGCAGUAGAAGGGGCGUGGGUGAAGACCAUCUGGUUUGAAAACAUUCCCUUGCACUCCGAAGGCCAAAUUUCCUAUCCUGUGGACAAACUGAACAUUUCCACAUGUCGGAGUUAAAGCUUCGGAUCUGCGUAAAUGAGACCGAUUUAAUAUACCACGACGUAUUACGAAUCGGCCGGAGCGGUGGACGACCGGUUAACACAUCCGCCGCACGGUUCUGAGGCCCGGGGUUCAAAUCCCGGCCCCGCCUGUGUGGAGUUAGCACGCUCUUCCCGCGCCUGCUCGGGUUUUCUCCGGGCACUCCGGUUUCCUCCCACAUCCCAAAAAACAUGCAUUGUAGGUUGACUGAAGACUCUAAAUUGCCCGUAGGUGUGAAUGUGAGUGCGACUGGUUGUUCGUUUAUAUGUGCCCUGCGAUGGGCUGGCGACCGGUUCAGGGCGUACCCCGCCCGCCUCUCGCCCGAAGAUCGCUGGGAUAGGCUGCAGCAUGCCCGCGACCCUUGCGGGGAGAAGCGGUACGCACAAUGGAUGGAUGGAUAUUCCGAAUCACAAAUCAUAAACGGCAUAGGAAAUCCAUACAGUAUGUGGGCUUGAAUUGCUUAACCAGUGUAAGGCCAUCUGUCAACCGGCCUGAAAAGAGACAAAUGUGCUGGUGCCUCGUUGAUGUUGCUCAGGUUCUUUCUGCCUUUGAUAAUGAACAGCAGAAUAAGCUGGUUUCCAAUACAAUAAGAGGAAUGUGUUGAACGAAAGCCGUAACAACCAUGAACUCUGUGGUGCUGUCUUGUUUUUACUGAAUGAAACACAACAUGUGAAAUAAAAGCGCAUUGUGUCA